UGCUGGUGUGGACUGGGGCCCAGACUUUGCCCUUAACAUUUACUGUUUUUGUUGGCACUUGUCAAUUUUGUAAUUAGCAUUAAGCAUUUCGCGGGGAAUCAACAUCAUGGCUCAUGCUCAUUAUUAUUAUUAUUAGUUGUUGUUGUUUGUUCUCCGUUAGCUACCACAAAAAAUUUCCUUUUCUAUCUACUUCAUUGUAGUAGAUUAUCAAACCCAAUAAUCAAAAAAGGAAAAGAAAAAAGAAAAAUGGGUUCUCGGGAGGAUAACAGAUGCCUCUUAGAGGACAAUCUCUUGCAGGAUGAAGUCGGCGGACUCAAUACUGGGGAUGGUUCGGUUGACAUUCAUGGGAGGCCUGUUCUUAAAAAUAAUACUGGAAAGUGGAAAGCGUGUCCUUUCAUCCUAGGAACUUUUUUCUGCGAACGUCUGGCCUUCUAUGGCAUUUCCACAAACCUUGUUAAUUAUCUUAUUGAAAGACUACAUGAAGGAAAUGUCUCUGCAGCAACAAAUGUUACCACAUGGCAAGGAACUUGCUAUCUCACUCCUCUGAUUGGCGCCAUCUUAGCCGACACAUGCUGGGGUAGAUAUUGGACGAUUGCCGGUUUCGCGAUAGUUUAUUUAGGUGGUGUGUGCGCAUUAACUCUCUCAGCAUCAGUUCCAGCAUUGAAGCCUAGUGAAUGUUCAGAUUCCGGAUGCCCGGUGGCUACUCCUGCACAGUAUGCAGUAUUCUUUCUUGGACUAUACAUGAUUGCUCUAGGCACUGGUGGGAUCAAACCUUGCAUAUGGCCUUUUGGGGCUGAUCAGUUUGACGAUACCGAUCCUAGUGAAAGAGUGAAGAAGGGAUCCUACUUCAACUGGUUUUACUUUUCUCAAAACAUUGGUGCUAUUCUAGCUAGUAGCUUACUGGUGUGGAUCCAAGACAAAGUUGGGUGGGGUCUUGGAUUUGGAAUCCCUGCUUUGCUUAUAGGCAUUGCUAUUGUAAGUCUUUUUUUGGGCACACGCCUAUAUAGAUUUCAGAAACCAGGGGGAAGCCCUUUGACAAGAAUAUGCCAGGUUUUGGUCGCGGCAUUUCAUAAGAGAAAACUGGAUGUGCCUGAGGACAGUAGUGUCCUCUACGAAACGCAAGAAAGAAGCUCUGCCAUCAAAGGCAGUUGUAAACUCGAGCAUAGCAACGAACUAAGGUGGCUUGACAAAGCUGCUUUGCUCUCCGAAACUGAAGUUGAAAGUCGGGAUUUCUCGAACCCCUGGCGGCUUUGCACCAUCACACAGGUGGAAGAACUAAAGAUAUUGAGCCGCAUGUUCCCGAUCUGGGCAACUGGAAUAGUAUUUUCUGCUGUUUUUGCCCAAAUGCCUACGUUCUUUGUUGAACAAGGGAAGGUGAUGGACAGAACUGUCGGGUCCUUCACCAUUCCAGCUGCCUCUCUUUCGUUUUUUAAUCACAUUAGUAUAAUUAUCUUGGUCCCCAUUUACGAUAGGGUCAUUGUUCCGAUUGCAAGGAUGUAUACAGGCAAUGAAAGAGGCUUCUCGCAAUUGCAACGGAUGGGAAUCGGUCUUUUCAUUUCUGUUCUGUGCAUGUCUGCUGCUGCACUGCUCGAGAUUAAGCGGCUGCAGUAUGCAAAUGAACUCGGGUUGAUCGACACAGAGGCUGCUGUACCACUGUCCAUAUUUUGGCAAAUUCCACAAUAUAUCCUGUUGGGAUCUGCAGAGGUCUUUACUUUCAUUGGACAACAUGAGUUCUUCUAUGAGCAGGCACCAGAUGCUAUGAGGAGUUUGUGCAGUGCGUUUUCGCUUCUGACGAAUUCUUUGGGGAAUUAUCUCUGCCCUUUGAUCUUGACAAUUGUGACUUACUUCACAACAGAAGGUGGGAAAGCUGGAUGGAUUCCAGAUAAUCUGAAUGAAGGACAUCUUGAUUAUUUUUUCUGGCUUUUGGCUGGGCUCAGCUACUUAAAUAUGCUGGUGUAUCUAGUUUUUGCCAGAAAGUACAAGGCGAAAAAGACUUCUUAGUAGUAUGCAGCAUUGAUUUGAUUAAGAUGUUGCUGGUCACUAUAUUUAUUUUUAUUAUUAUCCACAUUUUUUCUG